AUGGUGCGCGUGACGAAGCAGGACUUGGAGGAGAUGGAAAUAACGGGGGAGGAGCAAGCGGACUUGCUGGAGUACCUUUCGGAGGACAGCGACGAGGAUGAAGAUGCCCUCACCGCAAAACUUGAGUCUUUUGAGCCGCUUGUUCAGAUGGAUGAUCGGUUCCCUGACACCGUUAUUAUGGUUGGGGUGCCCUUGGUUGGGGCGGACCGGCUCGACAAGCUGGCUGCCGUGUUGCGGAAGAAGAUUGCUGACGAGUUGGCGCGCAAGGGUGGCGAGGAUGUGGAGGCGACUUUUGGGAUAGAGCUGCCGAUGGCCGCUGAUGGGAACCUUACGAGGGGCUGCUGCUUCCUAACCUUCCCGAGUGUAUAUGCAGCGCAACACGCGGCGAGGGCUCUCAAUGGAUACAAGAUCGACAAAAGACACACCUUUAGGGCCGCUAUGCUAGAUGACUUCGACGAAAUCGUGGCAAGGGAUAAGGACUACAAGCCUGCCAUCACGCUUCGUGGGUUCACGCGAGAGGACGUGCGCUGGUGGUUGCGGGACGAACGGUUUAGGGAGCAGUUUGUCUUGAGACACGCGAAUGAGACAGAGGUCUACUGGAUAGAUCCCAUGGAGGCGGAAGCCUGUACUCUGUGCUAUGACGGUCACAAGGAAAAGCAGGACGGCAAGGCUGUUUGGACAGAAUUCCGAGUUCAGUGGUCGCCUCAAGGCUCCUUCCUGGCUACCUUCCACAGACAAGGUAUCGCGCUAUGGGCUGGUCGAAGCUUUGAAAAGAAGGCGCGCCUAGAGCAUAAGGAAGUCAAGCAAAUCAUGUUCUCGCCUAAAGAAACGUACAUGCUGUCAUGGGACGGCACUCCGGCAUCGAUGCGGAACGAGAAAGCCGUCAAGACGUGGAAUGUAAUGACGGGCGAGAUGCUCCGCCAGUUUGCGACGCCCGCGGCGACCCCUCGAGGAACGGAGUUUCCGCACUUUCUGUUUUCUCAUGACGAGAAGUACCUCGCUAAGAUCGGUGACAAGGAACUUUGCGUGUAUGCCAUGGACCCCCAAGACAACUCGCCUGACCAGGCUGCUGACGAGGAUCUCACGCCGGUGAAGCUGCUGCGGGACGAAAAGGGUCAUUUUUCGGCUCUAAAAUAUCCGGUAGAGAAGUUUGAAUGGUCCCCCGGAGAUAACAUCGUUUCCUUGUGGAUUCGGGGAUCUGACGAUACACCUGGACGCCUAAUCCUCGUGGAUAUACCGAGCCGCCGAGAGCUGGCAAGCAAGAAUGUUUACAACGUCCGCGGUGCUGCAAUGCACUGGCAGAGCCACGGCGACUUUUUAUGCCUCCGCACGAUGGUUUAUAAGAAGACGGGGAAAAAGGGUCGCAAGGAAUUCAGCCAAAUCGAGAUUUUCAGAAUGCGAGAGAAGGAUAUCCCCGUAGAUAACCUCCAGCUCAACGACAUUGCCGUUCAGCUCCACUGGGAAGAAGGCCCUAGCAAGCGCUUCGUGCUGGUAGUGCAGGAGGAAGGCACGAGCAACCAGAGCCUCCGCUUCUUCCGCGUUGCUGACGCCGCUGAAGGCAAUGUAGAAACAAACAAAAGAGAUACCAUUCUGACGCACUCCUUUGAAAUUCCCAAUUACAUGAACUUCUUGAAGUGGUCUCCCUUCGGCUCCUACUUUGUGCUCGCCUCCCUCUGGUCCUACGGAACUGUCAUGUUUUGCCAGCUGAAUGACCAGGAUAAAGUCGAGGUUCUGCACCAAGACGAGCACUACAUGUGCAAUGAGGUUCGUUGGUCCGACUGUGGACGUUAUUUGGCCACGUGUGUUGUGGUGCCUCUCGUCGCAAGCGCUCAAGCGUACAGACUCGAAGAAAGUGCGGGCUUCAAUAUUUGGACAUUCCAGGGAAAGCUCUUGGAAAAGAACAAGAAAAAGCAGUUCUACCAAUUCUUGUGGAGGCCUCAUCCACCGACUUUGCUGUCUGAGAAACAACUGGACGAUAUCAAAAAGCGGAUGAAAGAGUACAGCAAGCGGUAUGAGGCCGAGGAUGAGAGACUGCGCAGCGAGAAGCGCAGGGCGUUCCUGAAGCAGCGUGAAGAGGAAUGCCAGAAGUUCCAGCAAAUACUUGACGAGCUAGAUGCCUGGAAGUCUAAACAUCCUAAGUACGAGGAGUGGUGUAGAGCUCAAGAAGAAUUCGACACAUGGUUUGACUGGGAGCUUAAGGAAGAGGUGAUCGAGGAGGAGUUGGAGGUCAAGCAGGAAGUUAUUUGCUGA